AUGGACGUGGAAACCGAACGAAACCUCAAAACAACCGAUCAAAGCACGCAAGAUGCCAACGACCUAGCCGAAUUCGGCCACAAGCAAAUACUCGCUCGCAAGUUCAAUAUCUGGAGCAUGCUAGCAUUAGCAUUCUGUGUGCUAGGAACAUGGUCGACCUUUGCACAAGAUCUUGCCGACGGUCUGAUCAACGGCGGCCCCGUCUCCAUCCUGUGGGGACUGACUCUUGUUACAUUCUGCAACACUUGUGUCGCGCUUUCGCUGGGCGAGAUAUGUAGCAGCAUGCCUACUGCCCUCGGACAGGCAUAUUGGGUCUACCGUCUCUGGGGCUCAAGCUUCGGGCGAUUCCUCUCGUAUAUGUGUGCUUGGAUUAACGUUUUUGGGUGGUGGACACUGGCCGCCUCACAGAUGGCGUUUAUGACCAAUUUCCUUCUCGGUAUGAAGGUCAUGUUCAGUCCAACCUGGACUGGUGCAUCCAAGGGGUGGCUUGAGUUUGUGGUUUAUAUUGCGUGUGUUUUUGCCCUCACGCUGAUAAAUGUGGUGGGUUGUCGGAAGGAUAAAUUCCUGCCUUGGCUGAACAACUUUGUCGGAGUCUGGUUCUGCGGUCUAUUCUUUGUCUUUUGCCUUGCCCUGCUUGUUUCAGUGGGAAUGAAAGAAGAUCUCACCUAUCAGCCUGCUUCUUUUGCGUUUGGGAAAUGGAUCAAUCAAACCGGCUGGCCUGAUGGCGUUGUCUGGUUUAUUGGUCUAGUACAGGCUGCAUAUGGACUGACUGCAUUUGACGCCGUAAUUCAUUUGGUAGAAGAGAUCCCAGCACCUCGCAAGAACGCCCCGAAAGUGAUUUACCUUUCCGUGGUCUCUGGAGCGACAAGCGGAUUUAUCUUGAUGCUGGUCUGCCUCUUCUGUAUUCAAAACGUGAACACAGUGGUAGCCUCGCCUAGUGGCCUACCGUUCAUGGAGCUCAUCCAAGAAACAGUGGGCCGGACCGGUGGUGCAGUGCUAAUUGCCUUGUUUAUCAUGAACGGGCUCGGCCAGGGAAUCAGUAUCGUGACUACAGCAUCCCGCCUCACUUGGGGCUUUGCCCGCGAUGGGGGGCUCCCAUUUAGCACCUACCUAUCGGAAGUGAGUCCUUAUUGGAGAGCCCCCGUCAGGGCACUCUGGUUCCAGGGCGCUAUUAUAGCACUAGUUGGUGUAUUGUUUCUGUUCGCAGAGACGGUGCUUAAUGCUAUCCUCAGCGUCAGCACCAUCGCCUUGACCAUCUCGUAUGGGCUCCCCAUUAUGACUCUCCUGAUGAUGGGCCGUGGGAAGCUCCCACCUGGUGGCCAGUUCAAUCUUGGGAGACUAGGUGCCCCAAUAAACUGGGUCUCCCUUGUGUAUUGCUGUGUGACGAGCGUCUUCUUUUUCUUCCCUAGCGCGCCCAACCCCUCGGGUAGUGAUAUGAAUUACGCUAUUGGUGUGUUCGGCGCCAUGCUUGUUAUCGCUGUGUCGUUCUGGUUUGUCCAGGGCAGUCGAACCUAUCUGAAUACCGAGGAGUCGAUUCCUCAUGUUAUUCAAGCCCAUGUGAUUCCAAAUGAUGUGCAGCAUGAGCCAAAAAAGGAACACCGAUGA